AUGGCCUCUACCCUCGCAGACGACACCAUCAGCUCUGGCAUAGCUUCUCCGGUAACCCCACCAUCUCCAACACCCGGCCAGAUUCCAAUGGAGCAGCCGCCCAAAUUGAAGGGCCGGAGAAGGCUGUUGCAGAAUCUGCAGCGCAUGUCCUCGAGCCCGUCAUUGUUACGACGAACGAGAUCCCUUUCUACUGGUUAUCAGAGGGAUCGCAAGGCUUCGCUGUCGUGUGUCUCGUUAUCGCCGGCUCAGUGCUGGGGUGAUCCUACCACUUCGUUGUCUGGCGGUCUGGAAACUGCCUCGCCAACAUCUGCUGCGUCUGGGAAUGCGCGGAUUCGAGUGAUUGGUUCAAGAAAUGUAUCGCAGACAACUGUCCCUCUUCCGGUGGACAUGAGACCAGCGUCGGCGCCUCGGAAUAUGCAGCCUGAGCUUUCGGAGAACGACGCAACUACGGUUAAUGUUCGAGGGAAGAAUCAAUAUGCGAAAAGAACGCUGGACUUCUGGAACGAAAUACCCAAUGAAAUCAAGACGAAGAUUCUUGCUUAUUUGACGCCAAAAGAGAUUGUGAGAUGCUCACUGGUGUCGAAAGCGUGGCAUGACAUGUGUUUUGAUGGGCAGUUAUGGUACCAAAUCGAUACCUCGGAGUUUUACAACCGGAUUUCAAGCAGUGCUUUGAUGAAGAUCAUCACAACGGCCGGACCGUUUGUACGAGAUCUCAAUCUACGCGGUUGCGUUCAAUUGCGUGAGAAAUGGCUGUUCGAAGGCGAGCAUAUUUCUAGUGCUUGUCGGAAUGUGGUCAAUUUCUCGGUCGAGGGCUGCCGAAUCGAUAAGGUCUCACUCAAUGGAUUCUUCUUGCGAAAUGCUUCGCUGAAGUAUAUCAACGUCUCUGGGCUUUCUACCGUUACCAAUUCUGCUAUGAAGAUCAUUGCUCAAACAUGUCCUCAACUGGAGACGUUGAAUGUGUCGUGGUGCUCGAGCCUCGAUACAAAGGGUUUGAAACGAGUUGUUGAAUCUUGCUCAAAGCUCAGAGACCUGCGUGCUGGAGAGAUUUCCGGCUUCGAUGAUGAAAGUAUUAUGGAAAGUCUCUUUGAGAAGAAUACUUUGGAGAGACUUGUUCUUCAUCGCACAGAUGUCACAGACGAGAGCUUGAAAGUGCUCAUGGUGGGCAGAGACCCUGAAAUUGACGUCUUGACAGACAGGCCUAUUGUUCCACCACGGGUAUUAAGACAUUUGGAUAUCCAUCAAUGUGCAAGCCUAACGGACGCGGGUUUCCGAAGUCUUGCUCACAACGUGCCCGCUCUACAAGGCCUUCAGAUUUCUCAAUGCACGGAGCUCACAGAUGACUCCAUCGUCGAUGUUAUUCAAACCACCCCGAAAUUGAGUCACUUUGAUAUGGAGGACCUUGACAAUGUCACAAAUAAUUUGUUGGUUGAGCUGGCCAAAUCGUCAUGUUCAGACGUUCUCGAGCACCUCAAUGUCAGCUACUGUGACAGCAUCGGAGAUAUCGGAAUGCUUCAGCUGUUGAAACACUGUCGCCAGUUGCGAACCCUCGAAAUGGAUAAUACCCGAGUCUCGGAUUUGUGUCUAAUGGAGGCAAGUUCACUUGUCCGCAAGAGGGGCUAUGGAACGGACUUGCCCAAAGUUGGACUGCGCAUUGUAGUUUUCGACUGCAUCAAUGUGACCUGGGCUGGCGUGCGGGAGGUGUUAUCUAGCAAUGCUUACAUUCCCCGCUCAUUGAAAAACCAAACCACGGUUACUGUCAAAGAGUCGACAAACAGAGCUGGUGGCGCAUACUCGUCAUCCUCAUCCUCAUCAUCUACCAGCCUGCCACCCGUAGCAGUUGUCUCUUAUUAUCCCAAGGAGAUCAUCGAACUCAAAUGCUUCCACGGCUGGCAGAUGACUGCCAACGAACAUACAAAACGUGUCCUGCGCGGGUCUCUCGCAUCCGCAAACAACCUUGAUCGCAAAUGGGCAGAUUACAUGAUGGCCACAGAAGAAGCCGGCGCUGGAGGUGCGAACGCCAGACGACGCAGGCGCCGUGCUCGUGAAGCCGAGCGGCUGUACCAGUUUGACGAAGAGGAAGAUUUGAGUCUCGAUGUGUAUGUUGGAGGUAGACGUCGCGCCCGAAGUGGCGGAUGCACCGUGAUGUAA